UAGCCACCAUUGACUCUCUCUCUCCCGUCUUCGUCAAUAUAAUGUUCUUCUUAUGAUGAUCAUGUCGACUGUGCAGAGAAUGAGGGAAGCAAUGGUGUUUGUGUUGUUAGCCAUGUUCUCAAAAGCAGUGAGCUCAAUGCCGUACUGGUGGCCGAGCGUCGACACUACGGAUACUUCUGGUUACUGCCUCAGCUGGCGUCUGGCGGUCGAGUCAAACAAUAUCAGAGCUUGGCGGACAGUCCCCACUCAGUGCUCUCGCCACGUGGAGGCGUACAUGACAGCUGGACAAUACCAGCGUGACCUCAACCUCAUUGUCGACAACAUCUUCACCUACAUCGACUCCAUCCAUCUCCCGUACGACGGCUUUGAUGCUUGGAUUUUCGAUGUGGACGACACCUGCAUUUCUAACCUCUUUUACUACAAAGGGAAGCGCUAUGGGUGUGAGCCUUUUGAUCCAUUGGCAUUCAAGGCAUGGGCACUGAAUGGAGCUUGCCCUGCAAUUCCUGAUGUUCUCAGAUUGUUCAACAAGUUGAUCCAAACUGGCUUCAAGGUGUUCCUUGUCACUGGCAGAAACGAAGACACUCUCGGGCAGGCCACUGUUCAAAAUCUGGACGACCAAGGAUUUUUCGGUUACGAACGUCUCUUUCUAAGGAAUGAUUCGUAUAAAGGUCAAAGCGCGAUAACGUACAAGUCGGAUAUACGUAGGCAAUUGGUGGGAGAAGGAUACAGGAUAUGGGGUAACGUAGGAGAUCAGUGGAGUGAUCUUCAAGGAGAUUAUGUGGGUAACCGCACCUUCAAACUCCCCAAUCCCAUGUACUUUGUCCCUUGAUUCAUGCAUGAUUCAAAUGCAAAUGCAAAUCCAAAUCGAGGGAUAUAUAUAUAUGUAUAAUUGUAAUGAUCUGCAAUGUCAGGACUCGAACAAGUACUUUUUUUUCAUCACAAAAAAUAAAUAAUUGUAGCA